UUAUCGAUGUCAAUCCGGGCUCCGUCGUAAAGCCAGUAGUCGAAAGGUACCAAGAUGGCGGAGGCUUCCUUGGGAAGUACAAGCCCAGUUGGCUCUCUAUCAUCGGAAGAUCACGAUUUUGACCCGACGGCAGAGAUGUUGGUGCAUGAAUUUGAUGAUGAACGUACGUUAGAGGAAGAGGAGAUGAGGGAGGACGAGUCAAGUGGGAGCUCAGAAAUCGCUGAUCUGGAGAAGGAGGGGAGCAUGCCGUUGGAAGAGCUGCUGGCGUUGUACAGAUAUGAAGCCGGAGACAGUGUUGCCGGAGGGUCGAGUGUGGACAGCUCGUCUGUAGAGCUGACCGAUGAGCUGCCCGACAUGACGUUAGAUAAAGAGGAAAUCGCUAAAGAUCUGCUCUCUGGAGACGACGAAGAAACACAAUCUUCUGCCGAUGACCUCACACCGUCGGUGACGUCACACGAAACCAACGAUUUCUUCCCCAGAACUCUUCGCUCAAAUGUGGUUUAUGAUGGAGACAAAGAAUCUGAGGGAGAGGAUGAAGGUUUGAAUCCUGAAGACUCUCGCAAGGAGAUCAUGGUGGGAUCUGAAUAUCAGGCAGAGAUUCCUGCGCUCACCUGUUAUAAUGACCAGGAAAAAGUGUACGCAGAGGAAGAUCAGCUGCUUUGGCAGCCGGAAAUGUUGCCCGAGUCAAAGGUCAAAAGCUUCUUGCAGGACGCUCUGCGUGUGGACGGAAAGAUGGAUGGAGAUGGCAAAUGUUCUCUGGUCAAAGACAACGAGCAGGCCUUAUAUGAGCUUUUGAAGUGUAACUACAACGUCCACGAAGCUCUUGAACGAUAUCGCAGCAGAGACAAAUCCUCAAAAGACGAGAUGCUCCCGUGGUCUGAAGAAGAAUGCCGAAACUUUGAACAGGGUCUUCUGUUGUACGAGAAAAACUUCCACCUCAUUCAGAAGCACAAAGUCAACACACGAACGGUGGCAGAAUGUGUUGCGUUUUACUACAUGUGGAAGAAGUCCGAGCGAUUCGACUUUUUCGUCCAGCAAAACCGGUUCGGGAAGAAGAAGUUCAGCAGUUAUCCUGGCGUCACGGAUCUUAUGGACCGGUUGGUGGAUGAAGCCGAGGGUUUGGUGGAUGGAUCUGCGUCUGUGUGUUCCAGCGGCAGCGGCAGGAUCGAGCCUCCAACCGAGCAACAGCUCAACCUGCUCAACUCCAUCACAGCCAGUGACCUCUCGGCCACGAGAGCUCUAUGCUGCUCAGUUCUCCUGAAGUCUACACUG